GCGGGUGUGUGUGUGUGUGAGAGAGGGAGCCGGAGCCUGGGGCUGAGCAGAGGCUGGUGUUGGAGUCGCCGGGCCCGGCUGACCAUGAACGUGACCGGGAACUGCACGGGCACCCACGAGCACCUGGUGGAGGUGCGCGUCUUCGCCUCGGUCGCCUCCUUCGUCCUCCUGGCCUUCUUCAACCUGGUGAUAGACAGCGCCAUCCUGAGCGAGGACCGUCUGCGCUCCCAGGCCCGCUUCGUGCUGCUGCUUCACCUGCUGCUCUCCGGGGUCAUCUACUUCGGCAUCAGCAGCACCUUCUACCUGCUCAUCUACCUGGGCGCCGCCGUCUCCGCCUCCUGGUGCCUGGCCCUGCUGCUCGCCCUGAUGGUCAGCGGCUCUACCAUCCUGCUCACCCUCACCCUGAUGGCCGUGGACCGCUACCUGGCCAUCUGCCACCCGCUCAAGUACAGCGCCUUCUGCGCCCGCCACUCGGUCUGGUUCCUCUGCCCGCUCAUCUGGCUCUGCUCCUCCGUCCUCCCCCUCAUCCUGGUGUCCCAGCAGACGGGGUCGCAGACGCAGCUGGAGCCCGCCAGGUGCUGCUCCUCCGCCAACCUGAGCUCUAGCCACAACAUGAAGCAGACCUCCAAGAUCCUGCUGAUCGGAGGGUGCACCAUUCUCAUCCUCUACAGCUACCUGAAGAUCCUGGCGGAGAGCUGGCGCAUCGGCACGCUCAACCGGCUCAACCGGCGCGCUCGCAGCACCAUCCUGAUGCACGGCGUACAGCUCGUGGUCUACAUCAUCCCGACCUUCAUCACCUUCUUCCUGCAGGUGCUGGCGCGCUCCGGGAGGCUCACCCACUGCACCAAGACUCGGUUCGAGGUGGCCAACUUCGCCUUCUUCAGCCUGGCGCAGUGCAUCAGCCCAGUCAUCUACGGGCUGCGCAAGGAGGAGCUGUGGGAGCUGCUUUGCCACAAGUACCCCUGCCUCCACUGGGACUUCAAGCGGACCCUGGAGCGGCUGGUGCGCUGCCUGCCCAGCCCGGCCUGCCUGCCCCGGCGCACGCCGGCCCCGACAGACGCGCCCUGGUGAGCGAGGGGAUGGGGGAGCGUGGAGGCCGAGGCCGUUCCCACCUUACCCGGCGGGGCAACAGGGUGUCCCGGCGGCGAGGGGACCCCGGCGACGUCCCCCCACCGGAGGGGGGAGUGCGUGCAACCCACCUUCUGGCUGAGCUGUCGGCUCCAACACUUCCGAAUGGGAAUACAGUCCAGUGGCGGGCCGGCCGUGGAACUGCCCCGCCACCAGAAUCCCAGAUCGCUUCUCCCUGGUCUCCACUGACCGAGAAUCAAACACGGCGGCCGUUCGGGGCAGGGGCAGCGUGGGCUGGAGGUUCCUCGGGACCGCGGGAUGUCUGUGGCCAACCCCGCUUCCAGGAAACAACGGCCACCUUUGGGAUUCUUUCGUUUCAUGGCGCCAACCUUAAACUGAACCCCACGUCUCACACCCCCACCCCCACCUCCCAACAACCAGCAGCCAGAUGUGAACAUUAACGCGGCGAGGCGGCGUUGGGCAGCGAGGAGAUGGUUCACACCAGGGCCGAGGAGGACUCGCCGUUGACCUUCACGUCCUUGGCAGACGGGAGUGUGGUCACGGCGGAUGGCGGCCCACCCGUCUCCCGAGAGGGACCGGGUCCUCCGCUUGGGACGGCUGCCCAGUGUGGGGGGAUUGGGGAAGCCCACUCUGUGAAUGGAAGGGCACCACCCGUCGCUGAACCGCACCAGCGACUAACUUAUUUAGGAUGGAUUUUGCAUCUUAAGUCCACUGGCUUUCGUGGCGAGAGGUCUGUGGUGUUUUCUAAUUAAAGUAGGUGUUGGUUUUUAAACGA